CUCUCUCUCUCUCUCGUUCACUCUCUUUCCUCCAGUAUUGUUCGGGAGUACCUGAGUGGCGCUCCGUUCUCGUCCUACCAGGAGACGAUGUACUUCUCUCGUUUUCUGCAGUGGAAGUGGCUGGAGAGGCAACCAGUAACCAAAAAUACCUUCAGGCAUUACAGAGUACUAGGAAAAGGUGGAUUUGGUGAGGUGUGUGCCUGUCAGGUCCGGGCCACUGGUAAGAUGUACGCCUAAAAGCUGGAGAAGAAGAGAGUGAAGAAGAGAAAAGGUGAAGCCAUGGCACUAAACGAAAAACGCAUUUUAGAAAAAAAAAAAAAAAAAGUUAACAGUAGUUUUGUAGUGAAUCUAGCCUAUGCGUAUGAGACGAAGGAUGCUCUGUGUUUAGUACUGACCAUAAUGAAUGGAGGAGACCUGAAGUUUCACAUCUAUAAUAUGGGGAACUCUGGCUUUGAUGAGCAGAGGGCCGUCUUCUACGCAGCAGAGAUCUGUUCUGGGCUGGAAGACCUGCACCGUGAGAGGAUCAUCUACCGGGACUUAAAACCUGAAAACAUUCUUCUAGACGACCGCGGACACAUUCGUAUCUCUGACCUGGGACUAGCCGUCCAGAUUCCCGACUCGGAGACGAUACGAGGGAGAGUGGGCACCGUAGGAUACAUGGCCCCAGAGGUGAUCCAGAAUGAGUCCUACUCCUUCAGUCCUGACUGGUGGGGUCUGGGCUGUCUGGUGUUUGAGAUGAUCCAGGGUCAGUCGCCCUUCCGCCGGCGUAAAGAACGAGUGAAGAGAGAAGAGGUGGACAGACGAGUGCGAGAAGACCCCGAGGAAUACUCUGACAAGUUCUCUGAGGAGGCCAAGGAUAUCUGCAGACAGCUGCUGGCCAAAGACCCCAAAGCCCGUCUGGGGUGCCAGGGACGGGGCGGUGUGGAGGUGAAGGCUCAUAUCAUCUUCAAGAACAUCAACUUCAAGCGCCUCGAGGCAGGCAUUCUGGAACCUCCCUUCAGUCCUGAUCCGCGGGCGGUGUACUGUAAAGAUGUUCUGGACAUUGAACAGUUCUCUACAGUGAAGGGAGUCAACCUGGACCCCACAGACGAUGACUUCUACCACAAGUUUGUUACAGGAAGUGUCUCCAUCCCUUGGCAGAACGAGAUGAUUGAGAUGGAGUGUUUUAAGGAGAUCUCUAUGAGACCGAGGGUCUGCUGUUUCAGAUCUGGUGUGAACAGACCCUCUCACCGCUUGAGAGGAUUCUUCUACAGGCUGUUCAGACGAGAGGCUCUCUGCUUGUGUUUCUUCUCUGGUGAGAGUCAGUUGGUAAAGCAGGAAGUCCAGUUGGUAAAGCAGGAAGUCCAGUUGGUAAAGCAGGAAGUCCAGUUGGUAAAGCAGGAAGUCCAGUUGGUAAAGCAGGAAGUCCAGUUGAUAAAGCAGGAAGUCCAGUUGAUAAAGCAGGAAGUCCAGUUGGUACAGCAGGAAGUCCAGUUGGUAAAGCAGGAAGUCCAGUUGAUAAAGCAGGAAGUCCAGUUGAUAAAGCAGGAAGUCCAGUUGGUAAAGCAGGAAGUCCAGUUGAUAAAGCAGGAAGUCCAGUUGGUAAAGCAGGAAGUCCAGUUGAUAAGGCCUAACUAA